GGCUGCAGCCGAUUUUAUUGAUGAAGACAGACAAGAUCAAGAGAUUAAACAUCAUUCAACAGCCUUCAGUCGCAGAGUGAACCAGCAAAAAGUGAGAACAAUGCCAACCUUGGAUCCAAACUUGCUCCAUCAAAUCAGUUUCCUACCCCAAAAAUCGGCCCUAGUUGACACUUCACCCAAGAAAUCAGUGACCUCGCAAAAUACCUCCGCUCUACUUGUUUUUCUGCCACCGGCUCAGAAGUCAUUGAGUCAUACGGUGGUGCGAAGCUGUGAACAUCAAAAUUAUCACCAUUUUAAUUAUCUAAGUCCUGUAGAAAAAAGGAACGGAGAGAAAGGAUGCCUCAUUGACGAGCAUUGCUUGCGGACUAGCAACCCCAGAACUAUUCCUCUUCUCGACUCAGGAGGAUAUAAAAAUGCUCUAUUUAAGCUGCCCAGGUCAGAGGUUAAUAAUGAAGUGAAGAUCGCCACCUCCAGGGUUAUUGUCAAUAGUACCGCUGCUACGGCCGUCAUCGAUGAAGAACAACCGACCGAUGUAGCUGGAGGUUUUACUGUGCAGUGUACGUGCCCUGAAUGCCUACUUUCCGGCAGUGGACAAAAAUUCGAGCCGUUGGUCAAAGGCUCAUCGCCACCAAUGGACAGACGGAAUGGUGUAUCGCAGAAGCCCGAUUUGUGGGACAAAUCCACCAGGCCCAUCUCUUUCAGAUCAGCCCCUGAUAAUGAUGGCGAACCAAAUCAAGCCGCAGCGUUGACUUCAAACCUGCUGGACAAGGUAAGCAUGUGA